AUGGCAGAAACUGUCAAAACUGGUGGUUGCGCAUGCGUGCUGCCGCGCCUUCCUGCUGCAGCGCCGGGCGAUGGCGGCCCUGCCCGGCUGGGGCGAGCGGCGCCAUGGCGCCUGCCCUGGGCCUCUUCCUCGCCGAGCUCUGCCCUGAGCGAGCUUCGCCAGAGCGGGCGGGAGAUCUUCCUGGAGACUUCGCGGCUGCUCCUCACCUACGCGGGCGAUGUUCUCCGGAAUCUUUAUGAAGAAAAAUAUAGGUUAAUUCAGACUGGAAAUCCAGCAUUUUCCACGAGGCUGUUGCCUGUCAGAGGAGCAGUUGAAUGUUUAUUUGAGAUGGGAUUUAAAGAGGGAGAAACUCACCUGGUUUUACCUAAGGAAGCUUUGAUUGAGCAGCUACAUAAAAUCAGAGCCUUAAUUGCUGGAGAGAGGAGUAGAAGACUGAAUAAGUCAAAUCGAAUCCAUAGACCAUCAUCCUCUGAAACUGUGACCAGCAGUCAGACAGUUGCACAGCCUUCAAGACCUGCUGAUUCUGUUCUUGCCACUGCCCAUCAGCAACCAGAAACAUCACUUGUGCAAUCUCUUGAAAUGGCUGCAAAUAUCUUGAAAACACUUCAAACAAAAUUUGAGCAUCUUGUAUUGAUGUAUGAGAAUCCAUCUAUUCAGCAGAAAGCACUAGCUUCAAUUCCUCUCCAGCAAUUGAAAGGGAAGGCUCAGAAAAAGCUAGCACAAGCUACAGGACUGGACAAAGGUGUACAUGUAAAUGAAGAGGACUUCUUAUUGUUGGAGCUCUUGGACUGGUUUAAGAAUGACUUUUUUCAUUGGGUAAAUAAUCUUCCUUGCAGCAGGUGUGGUGGGCAAACAGAGCCUAAAAGUGACUAUCUGUUGCCUACUGAUGAUGAUCUAAGGUGGAGUGUCCAUCGAGUGGAAAAUCAUUACUGCAACCGGUGUCAAUUCUGUAAUAGAUUCCCAAGGUAUAACAACCCUGAAAAACUACUGGAAACCAGAUGUGGACGCUGUGGCGAGUGGGCUAACUGUUUUACACUGUGUUGUAGAGCUGUAGGGUUUGAAGCUAGAUAUGUCUGGGACUGUACAGAUCAUGUGUGGACUGAAGUAUAUUCUUCAUCUCAGAAAAGAUGGCUUCACUGUGAUCCCUGUGAAAAUGUCUGUGAUAAACCUCUUCUCUAUGAAACUGGGUGGGGAAAGAAGCUCUCCUACAUAAUUGCAUUCUCCAAAGAUGAGGUGGUUGAUGUGACCUGGAGAUACAGCUGUAAACAUGAAGAAGUACUCUCUAGAAGGACAGCAGUCAGUGAAGCUACACUACGUGAAACAAUUAACGCACUAAAUAGAACGAGACAACAGUCUUUCUCAGAAAAUAGAAGAAGAGAACUCUUGGAAAGAACAAUUGUGGAGCUUGUUGAAUUUAUUUCUCCUAAAACACCUAAACCUGGAGAAUACAGUGGAAGGACAUCAGGUUCAGUGGCUUGGCGAGUAGCCAGAGGUGAAAUUGGUCCAGAGAAAAGAAAAGAAGUACUUUUUAUCCCCUCUGAAAAAGAGAAGACUUCUAAACUCUUCCACCUCAUCUACAAUGUAGUAGAAGAUAGUUAUACACGAAUUUCCAAUAAUAAUGAAAAAAUAAGUGGUUGGGAAACAGGUGUUUGGAAGGCAGAGUCUAUUUGGAGAAAGGUUGAAACAGAUUGGAAAAUGGUUUAUUUAGCCCGAAAAGAGGGGUCAUCCUCUGCUUCCAUCAGCUGGAAGUUUGAGUGCAAGUCAGUUGGUCUAAAAAUAGAUAACGUUUCAGUUAGAACGAGCAGUCAGACAUUUCAGAGUGGAAGAAUUAAGUGGAGACUUUGCUCUCCAACAGCAGAAAUUGCUCUGAUAGGAGAUAAAAACCUUUGCUCCUAUUCAGAUUUUUCGGGUGCAACAGAAGUUAUGUUGGAAGCAAGUCUAAAUGGAGGAGAUGGUGAAGCUGCAUGGCAACACACACAGCUGUUUAGAGAGAGCUUAACAGGAUGUGGAGGAAAUGGCUUGGAGAUAAUUAUAAAACUCAGUGACUUCUGAGAACCUGAACUGUUGUCCUUUGGAUUCCUUGAAGAUGUUUUACCAUGGAUACAACAUGAAGAUUUGGUUGGCAGUUCCUGUUCAUCCUGCUGGCAGCUUAUUUCCUGUUUCGCUGCUUCCAUUUAACCAACCUGAAACUGCACAUGUAUUGAAUAGGUAAACAUCACAAUGAAAACCUCUUCUCUUUAAAAGCAAACACCAAAAUUAAGGGACUGAACCAUUAAAUACCCUUUUCUUAAACUUUAUAAUGAAAAGGAAACAGUUUUUAGGAAGCAAAACAUGAUCAUAAGAGCACAGAGCAACUGUACUUGAUAUUAAUUUGGAGUUUUGGUGUUGAUUUGGUGGGUUUUUUUUAUAAUUGCUUGGAAAACCAGUUUGAAUUCCAUUUUCCAAUUACAACAGAUGCUUGUGAUGAUCUUAAAAUAUUUUAAAGAAUAACAGAAGACUUAGACGUUUUAAAAGAAAAAUAUGAUUUUGUGUAAUAAUCAGACAAACUGAAAUUAAGAUAAACUUUGAAGCAAUCUUGAAAUGAUCUUGUACAUCUGAGUAUUAAACUUGUGUUUAAUACAUAGAAACGUUUGGAAAUAUGAUUCUGUACUAGGAAAAUAAAUUAAUUUUGAAGGAAGUAUUCAUUAUGUACCUAAGAUUGUCAUGACUGAUAUGAAAUUGAGACUUAAAACAUCAGAAUUUUUUUCUAUGAAAAAAUAGAUUAUUCACUAUAAAUACUUUUUAAUGAUAUGAAUUCAGAUUUGCCCACUUUUUAAGAGUUAAGUGUGUAGGUUGAAGUAACUUUAAGCUAUUGUCUUGAGUUGCUUUGAAUACAAUUCCCAAAUUUGAUGUAAAAAUAUAUACGAUUUUUCUGGUCAUUAA